UAUUUUAAGGUAUUGCGUGUUGCUCAGCGUUUACAAGCCGGUACGGUGUUCAUUAACACCUAUCAAAAAACGGACGUUGCCUCACCAUUCGGUGGCUUCAAGCAGUCUGGAUUCGGCAAAGAUCUCGGAGCCGAAGCACUUAACGAGUAUUUGCAUACGAAAACGAUUACUAUUGAGUACUGA